GAGUGAAAGAGAGGGGAAGAGAAGGAGAGGGAGGGGGAGGGAGAGAAGGAAGGAGAUAGGGAGGGAGGGAGAGAAGACAAAGUGGUGCAAAUCCAAACCCAGCUCCACACACAAAAAGAAGAAAUCAUGUGAUAGAAACGGAAAUGGCCAACAGCUGGUGCGUGUCCCAGUGCUUCCGAGAGAGAGAGGGAGAGAACAAAAGGAACAACACUCACCGGCUAGAACAACAAAAGAAGCUUUCUCCUUCCUCAUUCUGGGAUCUUUCAUUUUUCCAGCAGGCCACUGGGAUUUAUUGACUGGCGUAUUUCUUCUUCUGGAGCGGGAUUGAAGAUGGCUCCUGAUGAAUGAGUUUUUAUUUUUUCCUCACUUAAAAAUGACACUUGGGGGCUGAGUCUUGCAUUGACGUUUGCCUGAAGAAGUUGUGCAGGGAUUGAGCCUGGGUCUUUUGUUAGCGACUGGCUGUGUUUGUCCACGGAUCGGAUUCCUCCACACCUCUGGCUGCCUCCUUUGUUUUGCUUCCUCUUGGUGCUGUCAAUGUAAUGGAACUAAUGUUUGCAGAGUGGGAGGAUGGUGAGCGUUUCUCCUUCGAAGACAGUGACCGCUUUGAAGAGGAUUCUCUCUGCUCAUUUAUCUCUGAAGCCGAGAGCCUGUGCCAGAACUGGCGGGGUUGGAAGAAGCAGUCUGCUGGUCCUAACUCACCCACUGUGAAAAUCAAAGAUGGCCAGGUGACCCCUCUAGUGGAGCUGUCUGCCAAGCAGGUAGCCCUCCACAUUCCCUUUGAGGUGGUGGAGAAGGUUUACCCUCCGGUUCCUGAGCAGCUGCAGCUACGCAUCGCUUUCUGGAGUUUCCCUGAGAACGAGGAGGACAUCAGGUUGUACUCAUGCCUGGCUAAUGGCAGUGCUGACGAGUUCCAACGUGGGGACCAACUCUUCAGAGUGCGAGCAGUUAAAGAUCCACUUCAGAUAGGAUUCCACCUGAGUGCCACUGUGGUUCCACUGCAGACGGCUCAGGCCAAAGGGGCCUUCAACGUGGCCGUGAUGUUUGACCGUUGCAGGAUAACAUCGUGCAGUUGUACGUGUGGGGCGGGGGCUAAGUGGUGCGCACACGUGGUGGCUCUCUGUCUUUUCCGCAUACACAACGCAUCUGCCGUUUGUCUUCGGGCUCCAGUGUCUGAGUCGCUAUCCCGGUUACAGAGGGACCAGCUCCAGAAGUUUGCUCAGUACCUGAUCAGUGAGUUACCUCAACAGGUAGGCACUUGUAGCCUUCAGUUCCACACACUGUUCCGCUGUUAUAUUCAGAUCUAAAUCGGUGGUUCGUAAAGCAAAAUGUA